AUGGUUACUGUGAGAUCCAUCAUAGCACUUGAUGCUUCAAAGGGUUGGCUCAUCCAUCAUAUGAAUGUUCACAAUGCCUUCCUUAAUGGUGAUCUAUUAGAGGAUGUCUACAUGACCAUUCCUCUUGGGUUUGCUAGACAGGGGGAGAACACUAAAGUCUGCAAACUUCACAAGUCUCUAUAUGAUGAUCUUUUGAUCACUGGUAGUAACCAAGAUAUCAUCAAUGACACCAGAAAAGAUUUACAGAAGGAGUUCAAGAUGAUGGAUCUAGGAGAUCUCAAAUUCUUCCUAGGGAUUGAAUGGGGAGCUAAACCUGAAGCAACUCCCCUAGAACAGAAUCAGAAGCUCACAUCUGCACAAUAUGAUGAGUGUAUUAGAGGUACAAGUAACGAGGGACAUGAAGAUCACAAACUGCAGGAUCCCAGCAGAUACCAAAGACUAGUAGGAAGACUUCUAUAUCUGACCAUGACUAGACCUGACUUAGCCUUCUCAGUUCAAGUUCUGAAUCAGUUCAUGCACUGCCCCAAAGAGUCUCACAUGGAAGCUGCAUUGAGAGUAGUUAGGUACAUAAAAGAAGCCUCUGGUCUUGGACUACUAAUGCCAGCAGAAGACACCAACAAGCUUCUAGCCUACUGUGACUCAGAUUGGGGAAGCUGCCUGGAAAUAAGAAGGUCUGUAAUUGGCUACUUGGUCAAGCUUGGUGAAGCCUUGAUAUCCUGGAAAUCUAAGAAAGGUGAGACUAUAUCCAGAAGCUCAGCUGAAGCUGAGUUUAGGAGUAUGGCUCAUUGUGCUGCUGAAGUUACAUGGCUUAUAGGGCUGUUUGAAGAACUUGGCAUACACAUUGAGCUUCCUAUAACCAUGGUGUGUGACAGCAAAACAGCUAUUUAG